AUUAGUGGCAGAGACCAGGUCAACGCAGACAGACACAGAGACACGCUGAGAAAGACACAUCCUAGACGAAGGGUGUUACUAAAAAAUAAAAGUCUAAGAACACAGGGGUGAACGAAAAGGAGAUACACUUGCUUUCAGUUGUUGUAGAGAGGCGGCCUCUAGCUACAGGGAGUCCGAAAUAGAGAGAGUGAGGAGGACAUUUAGGCGGUUGAGAAAGAAGAGAGCACGGCAAGAAAAAGGUUAUUUUACAGGCACAGACCCUCUCAGCUUAUGCUGACAUGUCCAACUUUACUGGCACCUGGAAGAUGAAGAGCAGUGAGCAUUUUGAUGAACUUCUCAAAGCUCUUGGUGUGAAUGCCAUGCUGCGUAAGGUGGCUGGCGCUGCGGCGUCCAAGCCCCACGUAGAGAUCCGCCAGACUGGGGAGCAGUUCUACAUAAAGACCUCUACCAGCGUGCGCACAACGGAGAUCAAUUUCCACAUCGGCAAGGAAUUUGAUGAGGAGACUGUUGAUGGCAGGAAAUGCAAGAGUGUUGCUACCUGGGAAACAGAGAAUAAGAUAUACUGCAAGCAAACCAUUGUGGAAGGAGAUGGACCCAAGACAUACUGGACAAGAGAAUUGAACGGCGAUGAGCUCAUAUUGAUCUUCGCAGCAGAUGACGUGAAAUGUACACGGAUCUAUAUAAGAGAAUGAAGCUUCUUCAGUGUCAGCUGGGCAGGAAAGGCAAACCAGACACCUAAACACCCCGGUCAAACGACCCUAUUUAUGUAAAAGUAGCAAUGAGCUGCAUAAUCACAAUGCAACAACAUUAUUACUGUAAUUUUGUCUGGUGAAGUUUAUUACAGUUCAACAACAAAUGUGAUUUUUGGUUCAUACCUGCAACUUGAUAAUAACAAAAACAAAUGUUUGUUAGGUAUAUGUUUAGACAAAUUCAAAUGAAAAUAAAAUCUGAU